AUGUCCACCCCGAUCGUCGAAAACAAGGCCAUCAUCGACCCCGCGGUCGACUCUGCGGAUGUCGUCGCUGAUCGGCAGCCAGAGCUCGCGGAGCCAGAAGCCGCGAAGCUCGACCUCGCUAGUGAACCGGAGCCAAUCGCGCAGCCUCCGAAUGGCUGGGGUGGCCGCGGGCAGCUAAACAAGCCUACUGUGGUGAAGCCGGUCAAGAUCACGAAGCCCACGAAGCCUAGUACGAAGUAA